GGCUCUCACGCACAGCAGCGCAGUUAGCUGGACCGAAGGCGAUGCGUUUUCAUCCCGUAAAUGUCACGGAUUUUAUUUAGUAGUAAAUGUGGCCUGCCGCCGUGACGCGGAGUACGUUUAGUCCGUGCAGUCAUACGCAAUAUAUCAUUUUCGGGCGGAGCAGGAGGUCCCCUUUCUCCUGGACGAGUGGCUAACCGUAGCUCGGUAACCUUAGUUAGCAUCGGAGUCACUGGCGUCUCGCCGCGGAGGAAGGCUGGCGGUAUGUGAUUGUGGGUUAACUGUCUGGUUAGCUCGUCUUAUGUUGGCGGACACUGGAUGAGUUGGACAGUUGUUGUCAAGUCGGUGUUUGUGUUUGUGUCGCAUCGCUGAAACGACCCAUCCGGUGUAACCGAGGAAACCAACCAGACGUCGCCGCCAUGUUGGAGGAGGACAUGGAAGUGGCCAUCAAGGUGGUUGUGGUCGGCAACGGGGCUGUUGGCAAGUCCAGUAUGAUCCAACGGUACUGCAAGGGCGUCUUCACGAAGGACUACAAGAAGACCAUUGGAGUGGACUUCCUGGAAAGGCAGAUAGUCGUUAAUGACGAAGAGGUCCGACUAAUGCUGUGGGACACCGCUGGGCAGGAGGAGUUUGACGCUAUUACUAAGGCCUACUACCGUGGUGCCCAAGCAUGCGUGCUCGUCUUCUCCACCACCGACAGGGAGUCGUUUCAGGCCAUCGACAGCUGGAGGGAGAAGGUGGAGGCAGAGGUCGGAGAUAUUCCCACUGUGCUCGUGCAGAACAAAAUCGACCUCCUGGAAGAGACCGUGAUAAAAAACGAGGAGGCAGAAGGUCUGGCUAAAAGGCUCAAGCUGAGGUUUUACCGCGCUUCAGUAAAAGAGGACCUUAAUGUCACUGAAGUGUUUAAGUACUUGGCUGAGAAGUAUCUUCAGCGACUCAAACAGCAGACGGCAGAAGAGACGGAGGUGCUCCAUACGACAAGCAAUAAAAUAGGUGUUUUUAAUACCACGAGUAGUAAUGUUUGCAACCAGAGCUCCAGCAACGGCAGAGAAAUCAUCACUUUGCGACCCAACAAACAAAGAACCAAGAAGAGUAAAAAUCCUUUUGGCAGCUGCAGCCUCCUGUAGAUGACACAGAAUGUCCUUUUAGUGGCUGGCCGAUGUUUCUACCACUAAUUGGUCAUUGUUGUAUUUUGUGGAGGUAGCCACAUUUAGAAACCAAAGCACGGACCGCCUGGGAAAUACUACUUUAUUAACCUGAUGUUUAAUCUGUGUCCUAAAUCGUUUCCCCACAUUGAUGGUUGAAUUUCCUAUGAUUCAUUCUUGGAUCUCCAUUAAUGAUCUGCACACACAACCUGUCCGUGCGGUUGCCUUAAGUAACAGCAACAGCUGCAGCUGCAGUGCAUGUACGGAUGAGCGAUGGCUCGACAUGCAACCCUCCCGUUAGAACAUGGAACAGCAAAGGUUGCACUCUGUGGAAACUCCUAAAUAGGAUGUUUACAAUCACCCAUUCUUGUGUUUGACAUUUGAACUGUGCAGUAUGUUUGCAUGUAUUUUAGAAGAUACACAGCUAAUUUUGCACCAUAUUUUUUCCGUCAGCAUAACAUGGUUCAAUCUAUACUGUUUAUUGUAGACAAAACACUCUCAAAUCUAGAGUUUAUUCUCUGUACAGAAGUAUUUUUGUAUGAAUCAAAACAGUGUCGAGUGAUAUUUUCACAAGAAUGUUGACGUUGUGCCAAAUGUCCUCUUUCUGAGCUGUAGUUCUACUGCAGUGAUAUGGAUGUAACAUGAAAUUGAUGGAAUGUGUGUUUCUGUAUAACCAAAUAUCAAUCAAACAUUAAAUAGUCCUCUAUA